GAAAAUGUAACGUUUUUAAACUGUUUUCUAUUCAAAAUAUGUUUAACCACGGAUCUUAAUUAUCUAUAAUAUAUAUCCGUGGUUUAACUGACUAUUAAAAUAAUGUCUUAUUUAUCUUCCGUUGAUCAUCAUUUUAUUUUAUGGCUUUAAUCUGACCAAUGUAAUUAAUAUUUAUUUUGUUUACCUCCAUUUACGAACUUUGACGUAUAUUCGUGUUUCCACGAGUUAACUAUAGCUAUAGUUAACACUAUUAAAAAUGUCAUCUACUCAAAAGAAACAAUAUAGCAAUUUAUACAACAUUUGUUAACCAAUAUGAACUUAGUUAGGAUAUAUAUAGAUAUACUGUUGCCCGUUGUAAUAUCUGUCGGGGGAAUGUUCCUUCAGGCAAUGUAAUAGAUUAACUACUUAGCCUUAAUCAGGGGGUUUAUUUUUAUGUAAUCACGUGGAAAGAACUGCAUGACAUUGUAUAAUAGUUUAUGACUCUUUGAAAAAAGUUAAUACUUAACGUAAGUAUCCGAAUCGUUUGAUUGUGAUAGGUCUAAUGAAAUAACAGUAUAUAGUAUUUGCUUAAACGUUUACAAAUACCUUUAGUCAUGUUUAAAGGGUAUUUUAUCUGUACAGGCAAACCGAUAAGUGAUCGAUUUCUUACUGCUAUUUAUAGUCACAGCUAUAUAAUCUGUACACAAAUUAGAACAACGCCGAACUUAAUAUAUUUAGAACUCCAAUAAAAGACACACUUUAAAGCGACAUUGAUAUAUUGGUUUAUACUGUGUUAAAACGUGAUGAUUUAAAGCAUUGAGUAAUUUAAUUAGUACAUGUGAUGAGGUCUUAAUAUUCUUAUACUAAGUAUCGGAUUAUCACCUGCCACAAAUGCCACCUAAACAACCCGCGAAGCCGACAACUGGUUUAAGACCAAAAAGUACAAAGACAACAGAAAAUGGAAAAGACGGGACGAAAACACCUAAAGAAGAAGGGGAUACCCGAGAGCAGAUCUUAGAAAGAGAGAAUAUGAUGCUUAGGAAAAACCUUGAUAUGCCUGAAAUAAUGAAAGAAUUUCACAAGACCGUACCCGAAAAUCACAUGCAAGCUAUGUUUUUCGAAACCCUUCAUGAUUUAGAGCUCAAAAUUCAGAAGUACGAAUCAAGCACAGGACUGACAACAAGAGGAAGUCUGUCUGAUCUCCAAAUUGACCUUGACAGAGAAAGAGCAAAUUCGAAAACGCUAGAUAAACAAGUCAAAGAGAAAAAUAGGAUGAUAGAUGAUUACAGAAAAUCUCUUAAUGAGAAAGAUAAGGAACUAAAAGCAUAUGGAACAGAGCUAGAGUUGCAAAGGUCACAUAACAGACAUUCAUCUGAAGCCAUAGAUAAACUUCAGAAACUCCAGUUAGAAUAUGAUGACAUUAGAAAUAACAUGAUAGGAAAGGAGUCAACCAUCAUCUCCUUAUCAAAAGAAGUGGAAAAUUUAAAGAACGAACUUGCCAAAGCAGAAAAAAUAAAUUCGACGUUAAAAGAAGAUGCUGCAAAAAUAGUAACCUUGCGGGCAGAACUAAAUGGUUAUGCUAAGGAACAUCAGGAACGUAUUACAGAAAUAAAGGAACUGACAAGAAAGCUUAAACAAAGAGAUAUGAUGUUUAAAGAAAACGAGGCACUUUUGCAUCAACAACAAAAAACCCUCGAAGAAAGAAACAAUGUAAUAGAAAGAUUAAAUGCAGAAAACACUCACAAUCCAGCAGAAAAUGAGGAAAAGGAUAAGGAGCUAUCCGACCUACGGAAUACCCUUGACGAACAAACAGAGCUUUUUCAAUCUUUAAAGGAAGACAAACAGAAAUUAUUACACGAGAAAACUGAAAUGGAAAUCGAGCUGUCAAAGCUGAAUGCACUUUUGAACCAAAAAGAAAAUACUAUAGCAGAACUCGAAUCAAGACUGAAUUCACCAACAGAGAACAGGUCUGAAGUGGAAUGUUCUGUUAUCGAUCAAACAGAUGAACUCAACAGAUUGACGAAUGAAUUAAAGGAAGCCAAAGUCGUCAAUGCCAAAGUCACGAGAGAAAAGGAAAAGCUUGAAUUCACAUGUCACGAGGCGUUUGACAAGCUCGAAAAGACAGAAAAGAGAAUAAAACAACAACAAGAUGAGCACAAUAAAGCGAUAAAGAGGAAAGAUGAAAUUAUCCAGAAACUCCGCGCUGAAAAGUUGAUGGUAGAUCCAACAGGUGGUGGUAAUGCAAAUAUAGAAACAAAGAGCCUUGUAGAAAAGUACGAAAAAACUGUGAAAGAACUUACAAAUGCUAGGAACGAGAUUGAGGAACUUAAACAAAGGCUUCUCAAAAUUCCUGGUGGAAGUUUGGUAAACGGCAGUCAAAGUAUUUCUGACUUCACAGGAGACAACAGACCGGCCAAACUUUCGGAAAAAUUCUCUGAACUUUAUGAAAAUGAAUGGACAGUUGCAUAUAAAGAAGCUGCAAAAGAAUUCAAUUCAGAUGAGAAAAUAAUUGGGCAUCUUUAUAAAACUGUGAUAGACAUUUUCGAUUUUUGUAAGACUAUCGCAGAGGAACAUGAAAAGAGUAUUCAAGCAUGUGCAUUAACUGUCCCGUAUGCUGCUAGAGGAAGACUUAAAACAGAUAAGAUUGGUUUAAGCAACCUUCGCCAGUUGAAGGAGUUAAGAAAACUUGUUGCGCCACAUCUUGUAGAAGGUGUAUUCCAGCAUUUUCUCGACACAAUGCAAAUUAACUUGAUGGGAAAGAGGACAACAGAAAAGUUCAUGAAGAAAUGUGUUGAAGUUUGUUGGUUGAUGAACUCCCAGGACCCACCUGUUACUAUAGAUACAACAUAUUCAAAAGGUGCGGAAUUCGACGGGGAUAGAUUCAGGUCAUACACUAAGUCAGGAAAACUGAUAGACUAUGUUGUAUGGCCACCUGUGAUGUUACAUAAAGAUGGACAAUUGUUGUGCAAAGGUGUUGCACAGGCCAGAUAAUGUUGAUAGAAACUUAGAAACUGGGUGCUAAAUUUCCAAUUGAUUUUUUGCAUUUUGAAUCUUUAGUAACAGGUUGCUCAAUACAUUGUAUCAAACUGUGUAAGAUGAAUAUGUAGACCAUAUUCAGUUUAAUUUGAAUACAUAUUUUUCAGAGAGGAAUAAUCAAAAGUGUUAUACUGUGCGAGUAUUUUUGUCUGUUAGUUUAGUACAUGUGUUCUUUACAACUUGCAUUUUUAAUUUCUGUCUCGGCACUUUUACCGUAUGUGUCGAGAGGACCAAUGCCUAGUGUCAUAAACUAAAUAAAAUACAAAAUACAUCUAUUGUACUACAUUUAUGAAUUUAUCAUUUCAGUAUUAAUUGAUUCAUUCAUAUGUCAUAGACAUGGAUUGCUUUGUCGACCAAAAGUAAUUUAAGAAUUUGAAAACAAUUGUGCUUUGUGUUCUUCAUUGGUAUUGUUUGAUAAAAGAA